AUGCUUAUCAGAUUUAGAUCAAAAAACGGUACACACAGGGUUUCUUGUCAAGAAAACGACCUUUUCGGAACGGUCAUUGAAAAGUUGGUGGGUAAUCUGGACCCCAAUGCCGAUGUCGACACAUUUACUGUUUGUGAGAAGCCCGGUCAAGGUAUUCAUGCUGUUUCUGAACUAGCUGAUCGAACAGUGAUGGAUCUAGGACUAAAGCACGGUGACAUGCUGAUCCUUAACUAUUCGGACAAGCCCGCUAAUGAGAAAGAUGGUGUCAAUGUUGAAAUCGGAUCCGUAGGUAUUGACAGCAAGGGAAUUCGUCAACACAGGUACGGUCCACUAAGGAUCAAAGAACUCGCUGUAGAUGAGGAACUAGAGAAAGAGGACGGAUUAAUUCCUCGUCAAAAAUCAAAACUAUGCAAGCACGGUGAUAGAGGUAUGUGUGAAUACUGCUCGCCUUUACCUCCUUGGGACAAAGAAUAUCAUGAGAAGAAUAAGAUCAAACAUAUAUCGUUUCAUUCAUAUCUUAAAAAGCUAAAUGAAAAUGCUAAUAAGAAGGAGAACGGCAGCUCUUAUAUUUCCCCUCUUUCAGAACCUGAUUUUAGAAUCAAUAAGCGUUGCCAUAAUGGCCAUGAACCAUGGCCUCGGGGGAUAUGUUCUAAAUGUCAACCAUCGGCAAUUACAUUACAACAGCAAGAAUUUAGAAUGGUUGACCACGUUGAAUUUCAGAAGAGUGAAAUAAUUAAUGAAUUUAUUCAGGCGUGGAGGUACACGGGUAUGCAAAGAUUUGGCUAUAUGUACGGAUCUUAUUCUAAGUAUGAUAACACACCUUUAGGUAUAAAGGCCGUCGUUGAGGCGAUAUACGAGCCCCCUCAGCAUGAUGAGCAAGACGGUUUAACCAUGGACGUAGAACAGGUCAAGAAUGAAAUGCUACAGAUUGAUAGACAGGCUCAAGAAAUGGGGCUUUCGCGAAUUGGCCUAAUAUUUACAGAUUUAUCUGACGCGGGAGCUGGGGAUGGGUCUGUUUUUUGCAAAAGACAUAAGGAUUCGUUUUUUCUUUCAUCAUUAGAAGUUAUUAUGGCUGCUAGGCAUCAAACAAGGCAUCCUAAUGUAAGCAAGUAUAGCGAACAAGGUUUUUUUUCUUCCAAGUUUGUAACUUGCGUUAUAUCAGGUAAUUUGGAAGGUGAAAUUGAUAUUUCGAGCUACCAAGUAUCCACAGAAGCUGAAGCAUUGGUUACUGCAGAUAUGAUAAGUGGGUCCACAUUUCCUUCAAUGGCAUAUAUUAAUGACACUACAGAUGAAAGAUAUGUACCUGAGAUAUUUUACAUGAAGUCGAAUGAAUAUGGUAUAACAGUGAAGGAAAAUGCGAAGCCUGCAUUUCCGGUAGACUAUCUUUUAGUGACGCUGACUCAUGGGUUCCCGAAUACCGAUACGGAAACCAACUCGAAAUUCGUUAGUUCCACCGGAUUUCCAUGGAGCAAUCGACAAGCUAUGGGGCAAUCUCAAGAUUAUCAAGAAUUAAAAAAGUAUUUAUUCAAUGUGGCUUCAAGUGGAGAUUUCAAUCUUUUGCAUGAAAAAAUCUCGAACUUUCAUUUACUAUUAUACAUAAAUUCUCUGCAGAUACUCUCUCCAGACGAAUGGAAGUUACUAAUAGAAUCUGCUGUGAAAAAUGAAUGGGAAGAAUCUCUACUAAAACUUGUCUCAUCGGCUGGUUGGCAAACGUUAGUCAUGAUCCUUCAGGAAAGCGGCUAG